GAGAGAGAGGGAAACAUCGGUCAAAAAAUUAGGUUAAGGAGAGAGAGUGUGGCAAACUAUGGUUAAAAAAACAAGAGAGAGAGGGAAAUAUCGGUUAAAAAAUUAGGUUAAGGAUCAAGUAAAAAGGAGGGUAGUUUAGGUUUUUUUAUUUUUAUGUAGGGGUAUUUACGUAAAAAUAAAAAAAAAUGAGAAAAAAUUAGAUGAGGGGUAACUUUCAUAGAAAGUGCCGUCUAGGUUCUUUUUUAUAAUUUCCCCAGUAUUUUAUCUUCAAUAAUUCAGGAGCACGAGUCGGGUCCAACCAGAUUUGGGCUCGAAUAGUGUUCGGACCGCCGGGUCCAAAUAUUGGACCCAUAUCGGAACAUGUAUCAGGUAUAGCCAGCAGAUCCCGGGUCGGGACUGAGUCCAUUUCCGGACCCAAUGCGACCGGAUGCCUCUACAGGAGGUAAAGCGGAGGCAGAAAGGAAAUGGUGUGGAACCCAGCAGGGUUCCCUCGAAUUUGUGCUGACGCUUUGUUAUGCAGCACUCAGAACUGUCUUUCCAUCUCCUAAAACACCACACAAUUAGUAGGGGGUUUCUGGAAGCGAAAAUCCCCAAUUCCUUUCUGUGACCUACAUUUAAUUAUGCUUCUUGGCAUGGAGGACUUACUUGUCACUUCCUCGUCUACACUGCCCCAUGUCCCAUCCGUCUACACUCCCUGUUACUGCGAUCUCUAGCGAGGAGAACGUCUACUUUCUUUGCAAGGAGUUAUGGAAAGCCAAGGUCGCUGAUUCAGAAGGACGUGACCUUUUCGUCGUGUUUAUUUCUAAUGCUGAUAGGCAGGUUCCAUUUUGGUGUCAAAAGUCUGGUAAAGGAGCAGAUGGACUGGUAGUGUGGGAUUACCAUGUCAUAUGUGUUCAGAGAAGUGGUGAAGACAGUGAUUCGAUUCAGGUGUGGGAUUUGGAUUCAAAGCUACCAUUUCCGGUGACUUUGAGUCGAUAUAUUAAUGAAGCUAUUCGCCCAUUGUUCCCACUGAACCCCAAAUUUCGCAGGCUUUUCCGAGUUGUGCAUGCUCCAAUUUACCUUCGGAGUUUUGCAUCUGAUAGAAGGCACAUGAAGGAUAACCAAGGGAACUGGAUUUCUAGUCCUCCCUUAUAUCAGCCAAUUAUUGCCAAAGAUGGAACCGUGAACAACCUUGACAUGUUCAUUGGAAUGAAUGAGGAAAAUGUUCAUUCAAAUGUAGAGGAGUUGAUAAAAGGGGUAUUCUGCCAGAAGUUUGGUGUUGUAAUGGUCGAGACUGAUUUGGAAGAUUUCUUUUCAAGGACCCAAUGGCAGAGCUGAUCUCCCACUAUGAUGGAAUGAUCUCUCUCUCUCUCUCUCUCUCUCUCUCUCUUUUAUACGAAAUGAAGGUUAUGAAGAGAAAAAUAAUAGGGAAUGAGAAAUUAACAAAUAAGGUGAGCUCU